CGCAGGUUGAACAGCCUCAGAGCAGACACUCAACCAACUUGACACUUGUUCUACCGACUGCACUGCGAUGACUCUUUAUUAAUAUCUCAUUAAUACUCAGAGGAUCAUAAGCUGUGGGUCUGAGGACACACACACACACACACACCGGGACAGCUUCAGCAACACACACACACUCACAUGGAGAUUGAAAGCAUGGUGGCAAACAGCGCGCUCAUUAAAGCCAGAGAAGGAGGGAGUCGAGGCCGGAGCUACAAAUGGAAAGAGAUGCUGCGCUUAAAUCACAUCAGCCAGUGCAUGGACCAGGCCUCCAGCAUAGAGAGAGAGUACUACAGUCUGUGUGUGAAGCAGCCGAUCGGAAAGAACCUCUUUCAGCUUUUCUGUCGCAGUCGUCCUGAUCUGCAGAACUUCAUCUCCCUGCUGGACGCUCUGGACGCCUUCGAGAUGAAAUCAGACGAAGAGAGGAAAGAUUUCGGCGUCAGCAUCAUCGAGAGAUUCCUCAUGAGAAAGUCGAUGCAGUGUGUGUACGUGGUGCAGAAACACGAGCAGAGCUGCAUCCACAGCCUGGAGGUCGACUCCUGCACCGACGUCUUCCAGAGCUGCAGGGAAGAUCUACACAACUACCUGAGCGAAGAACCCUUCAGUCAGUACCAGCAGAGCAUGUUCUUCGAGCGCUUCCUGCAGUGGAAGAUGCUGGAGAGGCGGCCAAUCACCAAAUACAGGUUCAGACAGUACAGAGUGCUGGGGAAGGGAGGCUUUGGAGAGGUGUGGGCGUGUCAGGUUCGAGCCACUGGGAUGAUGUACGCCUGCAAGAAGCUGGACAAAACUCACGUGAAGAAGAGGAGGGGGGAAGCCAUGGCUCUGAACGAGAAGCAGAUCCUGGAGGCGCUGGACAGCAGAUUCGUGGUGAGUCUGGGGUACGCCUACGAGACGAAGCACUCGCUCUGCAUGGUGCUCACCAUGAUGAGUGGGGGGGAUCUGAGGUUCCACAUCCACAACAUCGGGCAGCCGGGCCUCGACAAGAACAGAGUCCGGUUCUACGCUGCGGAGGUCUGCUGCGGAAUCAUGCACCUGCACAGGAAGUCAAUAGUCUACAGAGACAUGAAGCCAGAGAACAUCCUGCUGGACGACAACGGACACAUCCGCAUCUCUGACCUGGGCCUGGCUGUGAGGCUGAGCGAGGGCUCGCUGGUGAGGGGCAAGGUGGGCACCGCAGGGUACAUGGCCCCCGAGGUGAUCGGACACAAACACUACGGGCUGAGCGUGGACUGGUGGGGUCUCGGCUGUCUGAUCUACGAGAUGACGGCGGGGAAGCCCCCCCUCCGACAAAAAGGAGAACAUCCCAAAGCCGCGGAGAUGGAGAGGAGGAUCCAGAACGAACCGCUGGAGUUCGGGGAGAAGUUCGGGAAAUCUGUGAAAAACCUCUGUUCCUCCCUGCUGAACAAAGACCCCAACGAGCGUCUGGGCUGUUUGGCUUCGGGGGGGAAAGACGUUCAGGAUCAUCGUUUCUUCAGGAAAGUAAACUUCCGGAUGCUGGAGGCCGGACUGGUCGAGCCGCCGUUCAAACCUGAUCCCAGACUGGUGUACUGCAGCGACGUGCAGGACAUCGAUGAGUUCUCCACGGUGAAGGGGGUCACUCUGGGUGAGACCGACUGCGAGUUUUACUGCAAGUUCAACACGGGCAGCGUGUCUAUCAACUGGCAGAACGAGGUGAUCGAGACCGGCUGUUUCAAAGAGCUGAAUGUUUUCGGCCCUGAAGGAUCCAGAUCUUCAGACCUGGACUGGACUCAGACUCCCGAGAGCCCCAAACGCAGCCUGCUGGACCGCAUCUUCCGCAGAAACCACCCUCAGGAAGCGUCCGAUGACAGCAGACAGGGUUUGCAUUCCAAUGAGAGCUACAUGAAGUCCGGCAUGGUGAGCACGUCGAUGUGAAGAAACUCAAAGACACUGAACCACAAAACAAACAUGGAGGAGAACCCGUUUCCUGUCAUUAUCUGUCCUUCUCCCACAAAUGCACUAUAUCAGCACUUGCUUCAUUUCUGCCUUUCAAACACAUUGUUGUCAUUCACUCACAUCCUGUUUUAACAUUUUAAAUAUAAUUACUUCAGUAGCAGUAGCACAACGGACUGUAUGAAACUAAUAUGACAUUACAACUGAUUUCACUAUUGCACUGUUUUAGCAGAAAACGUUUAAUGUCGUGGUUCCCAAAACCAGUUUUAUUCAGAUUCUGUGAUUUAUUUUGUAAAAUAUUAAACAUUUGUUAUUUUUA